CUAGUCAGCCUCAGAAGCCCAUCUAAUAGGCGGCUGAUAUGCAUCGAGACACACACAGCCACAGUGUUUGGGAGUAAAGUGCUCGUUCAGAUCGAGGACGUAACGCCAGUGUACGUGUGGGCUAACUAUUUAUUUUUGCUUCAGAGUUGUUUUGUUUUAUAUCCAGAUAAAUGAAACACUUAUUGAUUUGAAAUGUAGAUUUAAUCGGAUUUUCCCCCUUCUAAAAUAAAUGGACAUUGCAGUGAAAUCGGAGAUAGUAUUCCGCUCUCUCAUUCACAAGUGCGAUGAAUCGCCGAAACUGGCGUUAAACCUCCUGGAGAGUCAGUGUUUUCAGCGAUGCCUCCGCAGGGAGGUGGAGAAUAUAAGCCUGUUCCAGGUACGGUUGUGCCGCCAGUACCCCCGAGGAGAUUCAGGAGCAGAGAUUUGUCUUCCGCGGUAAAGAGCCGCUUCGGAGCGGCAGCGGAGCGCAGGGUGAAGUGCGUGCUGGUCGGUGAUGGUGCAGUGGGUAAAACUAGUCUCGUUGUGAGCUACACCACCAAUGGAUAUCCCACAGAGUAUGUUCCAACAGCGUUUGACAACUUUGCAGCGGUCGUAGCUGUGGAUGGCAAGCCUGUGAAACUUCAGCUUUGUGACACAGCCGGUCAGGAUGAGUUUGACAAGCUCCGGCCGCUGUGUUACACCAAUGCUGACAUCUUCCUUCUCUGCUUCAGUGUGGUAAGUCCCUCCUCUUUCCAAAAUGUGAGGGAGAAGUGGGUGCCUGAGAUCCGCCAGCACUGUCCGAGGGCACCGAUACUGUUGGUGGGCACUCAGGCUGACCUCCGGGAAGACGUCAAAGUGCUCAUCCAACUGGCCCAGUACAAAGAGCGGCCGGUGGACCCCCAGGAGGCCUGCAUGUGUGCUGAGGAAGUGCAGGCCAUCUCGUACAUGGAGUGUUCAGCGCUCACCCAGAAGAAUCUGAAGGAGGUGUUUGACACCGCUAUAGUGGCCAGUGUCCAGUACUCAGACAGCCAGCAGCAGAAAAGACUGAAGAAGCGGACGCCCGAUAAAAUGAGGAAGCUCUCCGAGUCCUGGUGGAAGAAAUACUGCUGUUUGGCGUAGAUGUGAGAAUAUGAUUGCGCACUGUUGAUGUGAAUGCGGUUAGACUGGAACUGGCUUUUAUGAAUGAAAAUGGACGCAGCUCCAUCUGCUUUAUGAGACCGUGUUGGUGGAUUAACUGGAGCACAUGUGGUCGUGAAAUUAAUCUUUUUAAAAAAACAUCUGCCUGCUUUAUGAUGAAAUGGAAAGAUUCAUAGAGCCUCAAAGUUGUUCCGCUUCAUUUUAGGAUCU